AUGGGGAUGAGCCUGUGCCAGGAUGUCAGCUGGCUCCUGCCUUUCCUGUUCUUGCUACUGAUGAUCACAGUGUCACCCACCCAGGGUCAAACAUGUCCCCAGCGUUGUGAGUGCAUUGCAAAGCUCAAAACUGUGUCCUGUUACGGUAAACGCUUGUCUACACUGCCAGAUGGCAUCCCACAGGACACCAAGAUCCUGGACCUGAGCGGGAAUAAACUUCGCUGGGUAGAGCAUGGUGACCUGCUUCCAUAUCAGCGUCUCGAAAAGCUGGACCUGAGUGAGAACAUGAUCAGCGUCCUGGAGCCAAACGCUUUUUCUACUCUCCAGAACCUGCAGUCUCUUUCACUGAGGGGUAACCAAUUGAAACUGGUCCCCAUGGGGGCAUUCUCACGUCUCUCCAACCUAACUUCACUGGACCUCAGUGGGAAUAAGAUUGUGAUUCUUUUGGACUUUACUUUCCAAGACCUGAAAAGUCUAAAAAACCUGGAAGUUGGAGACAAUGAUUUGGUUUAUAUCUCUAACAAGGCCUUUCUGGGUCUGGUGGGGCUGAGGGAGUUGACCAUCGAGAGGUGCAACCUGACGUCUGUGUCCAGCCAGUCUUUGUCUUAUUUGCAUAACUUGGUGACUCUGCGGCUCCGCUACCUCAGUAUCUCCACCUUAGAGGACCAGAACUUCCGUAAGCUGGGAAAUCUGAGGGGCCUUGAGAUCGAUCACUGGCCCUUUUUAGAGUACAUUUCCCCCCACAGCCUGCAGGGUCUGAACUUAUCUUGGCUGUCCAUCACGCACACCAACAUCACCUCUGUGCCCACCUCUGCCCUACGCAGUCUGGCUCACCUCACCAGCCUCAACCUCUCCUACAACCCUAUCUCUGUGUUGGAGUCCUGGGCGCUGCGGGACCUCGUUAGGCUGAAGGAGCUGCAUCUGGUCAAUACAAACCUGGUGGUGGUGCAGCCAUAUGCGCUGGGUGGUCUAAGGCAAAUCCGCCUUCUUAACCUCUCCACUAACAGCCUGGUGACGCUGGAAGAGGGAGCUUUUCAGUCUGUCAACACUCUGGAGACGCUGCGUUUGGAUGGCAACCCCCUGGCCUGCGACUGCCGCUUGCUGUGGAUCCUUCAGCGCAGGAAGACCCUCAAUUUUGACAGUGCUUCCCCAGUGUGCAUGACGCCCGUUGAAGUGCAGGGCCGGGCCCUUAACGCUUUCUCCGACUCGGCUCUCUUUGAUCACUUUACUUGCCAGAAGCCCAAAAUCCGCAACAGGAAAUUGCAGCAGAUAUCUGCCCGCGAAGGCCAGGUCGUGUCAUUCAUUUGCAGAGCAGAAGGUGAGCCAACACCGGUGAUAUUCUGGAUCUCUCCUCAACGCCGCCGCAUCACCACAAAGAGCAGCGGACGACUAACUGUGUUACCAGAGGGCACAUUAGAAAUACGGUACGCCCAGGUGACAGAUAGUGGAACUUACAUCUGCAUAGCCAGCAAUGCUGGUGGAAAUGACACCUAUUUUGCCACGCUCACAGUCAGCGGGCUGCCACUAGAUGCAGCCCUUAUGGCCAACCGCACUUACUAUGCUGGGGACCUUAAUGACACAAAUCUGAAUGACACCAGAGUCUUCUUGAAGUUCACUCUGGACCUCAAGACCAUCCUCAUAUCCACAGCCAUGGGCUGUAUCAUGUUCCUGGGGGUAGUUCUCUUCUGUUUCAUUCUGCUGUUUGUGUGGAGUCGAGGGAGAGGGCAGCACAAGAACAACUUCUCAGUGGAAUAUUCCUUCAGAAAGGUGGAUGGACCCGCUGCCAGUGGAGGACAGGGUGGGGCACGCAAGUUCAACAUGAAAAUGAUUUGA